GGCUAAAAAAAUGACCCUCAACAACGUUACCAUGCGUCGCACCCACAACAGCAGCCUGCACCAGCAGCAGCGAUGGAGCAUCCCUGCUGACGGAAAGAAUCUGCUGGUCCAGAAAGACUCCAAUGAGUACAACCCACAGAAGCGCUACACCAUAAAUCCUGAUGAAUAUUACAGGAGGAGCUGGUCCUCAGAGUCGUCUGACUCUGUCAUCUCCUCUGAGUCUGGCAGCAAUUGCUACCGAGUGGUGCUGAUCGGGGAGCACGGUGUAGGCAAGUCCUCGCUAGCCAACAUCUUUGCUGGGGUGCAUGACAGCAUCGACAGUGACUGUGAGGUGCUGGGAGAAGACACGUAUGAAAGAACCCUGAUGGUGGAUGGGGAAAGUGCAACCAUUAUACUGCUCGACAUGUGGGAUAAUAAGCGUGAGGGAGAAUGGAUUCGAGACCACUGCAUGCAAGUGGGAGAUGCAUACUUGAUUGUCUACUCCAUCACGGACCGAGCAAGCUUUGAGAAGGCCUCCGAACUUAGAAUACAGCUCCGCAGGGCACGCCAGAAAGAAGAUAUCCCUAUUAUUCUGGUUGGCAACAAAAGUGACCUUGUCAGGUGCCGUGAAGUUUCAGUGGCAGAGGGACGAGCCUGCGCUGUCGUGUUUGACUGCAAGUUCAUCGAGACCUCGGCAGCUGUGCAGCACAACGUGAAAGAGCUAUUUGAAGGCAUCGUGCGGCAAGUCCGUCUCCGGAGGGACAGCAAGGAAAAGAAUGAGAAGCGGCUGGCGUACCAGAAACGGAGAGAGAGCAUCCCCAAGAAAGCCAGGCGGUUUUGGGGCAAAAUAGUUGCCAAGAACAACAAGAACAUGGCCUUCAAACUCAAGUCCAAGUCUUGCCAUGACCUAUCGGUACUUUAAGAAUGCUGGACUCUGCCAGAGCUUGUGACAUUUUGUGGACAUUGUCUAACUAUGUCGUGGGACAAUCAAUCAAUCUAUAUUAGAUUGGGCUAUCAAAGUGACUUAGGUUCACAGUUGUGAUUGUGAUGAUAUGUGCUGGCAUAAGAACAGCACAGUGCAUGGAAAUAUCUCUCUUCCUUUUUUUUUGUCAGUAGUUUUAAAAGAAAAGUAUAGACCAGAAUGACCCAAAGUUUUGCUGGGAAGUGUUCUGGAAUAUACCUGUUCUUUCUCUUCUCACCUUUGGAUUAUAGUGUAAGAACCUCAAACCAUCAUGACUUGGGAAGUGAAUAUUACACUCUUUACUCUUUCUCCUUGUUAUUAUUAUUUCUUUUUUAAAACUGUGUAAAGAAUUGAGGAACUGACUGGGGAUUGGUCCUUUGCCAGUUGGCUGGUCAGGCUUGAGCACCCACAGCUGAAAAACCUGUAUUUUUUGUAGAAUAGCCACCAAGACACUUGUUUAUUGUUAUUUCAAGGAUUGAUUUCAAUGAGUUUACACAUCUCUUUGAAAAUAUUUAAAGGAAAAAUC